AUGGCAAAGCGGGAGCCGCCGUCUGAGGAUGAGAUGCUCCGCGCCUUCAGGGCGUGCCCCGUGCUUGAUCGCGAGACGGUUGUCCAGCAUUGUCCGGAGGUGGUUGAGGUGUCCGAGAUGCUGGCCAAGUGUCUGGCAGUCCACUGGGAGUGGGUGCUGCUCGCGCUACUCGCGUGCGUUGGUGCUUUGAUUCCCGAGGACCACUUCGAGACGGCCCCUUCAAUCGAGGUGCAGUCGUCCCUAUGGAGCAUCCUGAUUCACCCUGGCGCCACGAACAGUUCGGGCGUCAUCAGCGUCGUGACGAAGGCGAUGACGAAGCUCGUCAAUCGCCUGCACAAGUACGAGACUGACAGCUACGACGCCCAUUACAACGCUCUGUCGGUGUUGGCUGGCGGUGCCUCUCUGCCCGCGAACGGCAUGAUAAUGAGCUGCCAUCAAAAUCGCGGCGCCGCGCUCGCCGCGGAGUGCGAGGUCGAAGGCGUGUUCUCCUGGUUCCAGAACGAGAUGGGCGUAGACAAAGUUGUUCCCGGGAGGCUCUGGGACGGCAACGCUUGGCAUCGUCCAGUCAUGGACAAAGCCCGCGCCUUCUCGGUUGACGCACCCUGGUUCGGGUUCGUUGCCGGGGCCCACAUUCCGGAAACCUUCAAAGCGACGAUUAACGAUGCUUUCGGGCUUCGGGAGCGCCUCGCCGCGAGCUUCGCGGAGCCCCAGUGGCUGACCAUCAGGCAGAUCCGCGAGGCAUGUGCGCAGCUCCCCGUGCGGUCGCGCAAGCCCGCCGACUUCGUGGCCGGCGUGUUGCUGCCGCUCUUCAAGUGGUCGGUGUCGCGCAAGGGGAAGUUUGUUAAGGCUUCGACCGAGGACGGGGCCAGCGAGCUCGUGGACAAUUCGCAUCAGGAGUCCAAGUACCGCGGUAAGCUCCGGACCAAAUUCGACCGCAUGGCCUUGUCCAUGCACGCCCUGCACGUGGUCUGCCAGAGGUUCCGCGAGUCGACCGCGCCAGCGCAGUACCGCCUUGACGACAACUGGGCGCAUAAUUUCUCGGCGCCCCCAGUGGUUUCCAAGAAAGCCGUCGCCGUGGCUUACUUGCUGGCGGAGAAGUGCGAGCACACCUGGAAGAUCUUGGACUUCGCGCGGAACGGCCACGGCAUUCCGCAGGAGGUAGGCUCCCGCGCGUCCCAGGCGACGCAGCCUGGAGAGGCGCCCGGCCGCCCCCCUGCACCACCUGCCCCUGCCCCUGUGGACACGUGGGCGGCCGCCGAUGCCGACGCGAUCAUGCUGACCGAAACCGUCGCGGGCAAGAUGACGGGCAAGUGGUCGUGGACCAAGGAAGAGUUGAACAAGGUCAUGUCCAUGGGCACCGAGGUGUUCAAAGCCACUCUGGACAAGUUCCCCCUCUACGGCUGCUCUCUCCCCGCGCUGGUGGACAUCAUGCACGUGAUCUUGGCGGAGCCCGGGCAGUAUUUCUAUUGCGGGAAGUCCGCCACUGUGGCGCGGCGCGUGAAGGCCGUGACCAAGG